AUGAUUUUUGUAAACAGUUUUUAGAAAGUUACUUCGAUGUUCAACUAAUGAUUCGUGUAGCCUUUUCUGUUUUAGUAUGAAGACAUUUUCAAGCGUGAAAGAAGUGUUUAAUGCUGCUCAAACAAGCUCGCAACAUCAAGCGACGCUUUUUAAAGCACUAGAUAAAUUGUUAGAAUGCAGCGAAUCGUCGGAGAUAUUUGUACAAGACUUCAUUCACAACCUAAAGUAUUGCAUGAUUGUCUUUCAAAAAGAGCCAGCCGUCGAAAGACUUAUAGAUUUCAUUGCAACUUAUGCUACAAGGCAGACGACUGCUAAGGGUGUACAAGAAAUUUCAAAGGCUGGCGAUUUGUCGUACACAGAAAGCAGUGAUGAGGAAGAUAGCGAUCCAAUGAGUUGGUUUCUCUUGAAUCUCAUGAAUUUUCUUCUAGAAGUUCAUGAUUCACGAGAUAAAGCAGUUCGCUAUCGAACAUGCCAACUCAUCAGCAAAAUAUUCAACUACCUUGAUGACGAGGCAUCAAUAAACCAGGAAAUUGCUGAUGGAGUUCUGACAUCGAUGAUGAAUCGACUGCUCGACAAAAUUCCAACUGUUCGAUCUCAAGCAAUCCUUGCAUUAUCAAGACUACAAGAUCCAAGUGAUCCCAAGUGUCCAGUUAUCGAAGUGUUUCUCUACAUGAUGCAAUCUGAUAACAGUGCGGAUGUUAGAAAAACAGCAAUGCAGUGUAUUGCUAUCACAAACAACACUCUACAGUAUCUUCUUGAGAGAACUCGCGAUGUAAAAGACAGUGUGAGGAAGUGCGCAUUCCAAAUUCUGGGACACAGAGUUGGCAUUCGAGCACUAACCAUUGCUCAGAGAGUUAAAAUUCUUCACGACGGCUUAAAUGAUCGAGUUGAAAGUGUGAAACAGGCAUGUUAUUCGAAGCUUCUUUUGGAAUGGAUGAAACAAUUCUGCAACAAUAGUAUACCAAAGCUGUUAGCAUUGCUUGAUGUUGAAAACUCUCUCAAGACAUCUGAAAUUGUUGUGAAUGAACUACUUAAAGGAACAGCAGCCACUGGACUUUCAUUUCACAUUGACACAUUAAAGGAAUUCAUGAAAGGUCAGACCGUACUUCUGGAGAAUCUCAACUGUGAAAGAGCCUUGUUCUGGCAAUGUCUGGUUGGUUAUUGCGUUAGUCUGGGUACUAAGGGACAAUCAGCAUUGGACGAAAUCCUACCAGAAAUAUCAGAGUUCUGCCAAUAUAUUGAAAGUUAUAUAGAUAAGUGUUCCUCCAAUGAUGACGUCAUCGAGAACAAGUGGCAUGAAGAAUUCGCACUGCAGCAACUGUUGACGAUUGCUGCACAUAUGGAUCUUUCCGAUGAAGUUGGCAGAAAGAAGUUGAAAAAGCUGUUUCAAGACAUGAUGAUCAAUCCACAAUGUCCCGUUUCUCUCAUCCCGAUCAUUCAUGAAAGAUACUCCACUGUGGAACCUGAUGAAGAGAAGAGGAUCAUCGAGAUAGCGGAAGUGAUCGCCGACAUCCGAGAACCAAUCACAGUUGUUGAUACUCCUCGGAUCAAUGAAGAUAACCGCGCCAGGGAACUGAAGCUUGCCGGGGUUCGAGUGAAGAUCAACCAACUGCGAGACGACAUGGAAAACUUCGUUUCCGCACAAGAAUUCGAUAAAGCUGCAGAUGUGAAGAGACAGUUGUGUGAACUGGAACAAGAGAAGUCCGAUCUGGAAAAUGAAGCAAACCACGUGAAUAAAUUUCAAACUAGAAUUGAGAAGGAUGAUGCUGAAACCUUGGCGAAGUGUUUGCGUGUUGCCAGUGGAUUGGUACGAGGUAUCAUUCGGAGUAGUCUUAAUCAUCCAACACCGAGUACCUUGGUUGAAACUCUCAUCCUUCCUGGUGUUCAAAAUGAAGAACCUCUUGUGAGAGAAGUCGCCGUUGAAUGUCUUGGUCUUUGUUCUUUAUUAUCACGUGACUUUGCGAGCCGUCAUCUCGUCCUCUUCUUACAGAUUGUUCUCCUUGAUGUCGACGAAGUAAAAAUUUCAGCUUUAAAAUCCAUCCUCGAUCUGCUUCAAGUUUAUGGUUUGGAAACGUUCAAAGUGACGCCAGCAGAACAAGCCAUUGUCGAGGCAGAGCAGUCUGUCUUGGAGCCUGAGAACGAGAACCAUGAUGAUGAUGAUGAUGACGAAGUCAGUGAUGGUGAAGAAGUUGAUUGUGAUGAUGAAGGCAAUGAUAAUAACGACGACAAUGGUGGUGAGGAAGGCAGUGGUAGUAAUGGCGAAGGCAGUGAUGAUAACAAUGCUGAGAAAGUUGACGAAGCAGAGGUUAUUAUUAACGAAGCGCAGAAGUCUGUCUCUCACGUUUUGUAUGUUUUGAUUAAGUGUUUGGAAAAAGAGAAUCCUUGGAUUCGUUGCAUUGCCGCUGAAGGUUUUGCAAAACUCAUGCUGUCUGGUCGUGUUCACAGUCCCAAAGUGUUCUCGCGUCUCUUGAUUUUGUGGUAUAAUCCACUAACGGAAGAUGAUCCAUACCUCAGAGAAUCCAUUGGUGUUUUUAUGAGCGCUUUUGCUUUUGAUUCUCGUUCGAACCAAGAACAGAUUGCAGAUGCCGUUCUUCCAACACUGAGGACUUUAUUCAACGCUCCAACGUCUUCUCCACUUGCACAAAUUGACGUGGCCAAUGUCGCCGAACUACUUGUUCAUUUGACUUCAACCAAAUGUUUGGAUAGUGGUUCUGGUAAUUCAAAUGACGAAGACAGCGUAGACGAGGCACGGCCUGAUUCCAUCCACGGUGGUUUGGCGCUAAAGAUUGCUAACGAAAUCAUCACCACACCAUUCUCUCCAGGUGUUCGCGUGCUUUGUAAAGCACUCACACUGCUGAAUUUAACAAACGCCAAGGAAAAUGUUUUAAAAGAUUUGGUUGUUCUCUGCGAGAAAAUGUUGAAGGAAAUUGAGGAUGCACAAUCGGGGAAAUAUAUAGCAAAGUUCCAGAAAUCUCUGAGUCUUUUGAGACAAUAAACAAGCAAGGGUACAGGUACAAGUCAGCGAUAUUGAAAAAUUUACUUAUAUAUAACUGUAGAGUCACUGGAGUGUUGAAAAGUGUUUAUAUGAUUAGUUGUAACUGAACUAACUAAUCCAACAUCAAAUGAUUUGAUCUACGAGGUAUUUUUCUUUUGAUAUAUCUGUUUUGGCAUCCGGGGGGGGGGCUGUUGAUUCAAUAGAAAAGUGAAUCAAUGCGUAAAGAUUAGCUUGAGUAUAUUGGGAUAUGCAAUAAAAGAACAAUGUUUGUAAUGAUGAAGUAAAUUUAAUGAAAGACUGACACAGUAAAGAUAACUUUUAGGGCUCAACCUCUUCCCUACCAGAGACAUACACGUACAUCCUCUUUGUGAUAGCUCAGCAUCCCAGGAUGUACAUGUACUUCAUCCUAGCAUCAGCGAUUUUUAUUAACCCUGAUCUUUGGGACAAAGCUAAAGCCAAAUAAUUAGAUAUUUGAAGGAUUUUGCAGUUGUUGGUGAACAUGUGCUGGUGGUAGGGAAAAGGUUUCAAUUAUAUCAUCAGUAGCAGACAUUGGGAGGAGUGAUCCCCCCCCCCCUCUUGAAAUAACUGCCUAAGAACAUAUUUAUCACCAAUUGACUUAUUCCUUUCCCCUUUUCACAAAAUUUUAUCAAGUAUCUGCUACCAUUUAUCACUUGUACAAAUAUAAUGUAACAAGUUACAAGUUCAUGUAGCACUAUUUACACAUUUAAAUACAAUAACAAUAUUUA